AUGACAAUCAUGGUUGCCAUGUCCGAACCUGCGAAGGAGCCGUCACGUUCUGCCGCUCCUCCCUCAGCACGUCCCUCCAAUUUCGCAAUGCGAUAUAAGUUUAUCGAUGCAUCUACAAGCAGUCCUAAAAGCUUGGCUAGUGUCAAGUGUCAUGUCAUGUUAGAAUGUGCGCGCCAAAAAAAAUGGCAAGAGCAACAACAACCAGACACUGAUGGUGAAGGCGAUGCGGAUAUCGACACCAGUGGGGAAGACAAACCCCAGCGCGGAGAGCGGCAUGUAAGACGUGCCAGAGCACGAAGGCAAGCCCCAAACCAUAACACAUACGGGGAAUACCAGGACUUAGAAAUCGCGGAUCAAGUUGGACUGGGAUUUGACCUUGGGAAUCGCCUCCUUUGGCCUGGGCAUGGGGGAGACAAGUAUCAGUCUCAGGCAAAUGAUCCCAGAUUUCAAAGCAAUAAGUUACCGGAUCGUCCGAAUCGUGUAUUUGCCAAUUUCGCUUACGAAGAAGGGAAGAUGUUGUUCGAUUUCUACGCUAACAUCAUGCCUUCAUGUUCGUACGGUUUCCAUACAAGGUCACCAAAUGCUCACAAUUGGUAUUUGCAGGUGUUCAUACCAGUAGCUAUGAAAGCAGAUCUUACAUUCCAGAAUACUAUUCUCGUUCAUGCUGCAAAUACACAAGCGUGGGUAAAGGGGUUGUCUGAGAAGCGCGCGGCUCUUGUUCACCGUGCACGUGGAAUAGAGAUGUUGCGAAAGAAUUUUGAGAAGCAUCCCACAGAUGUUUCGGAUGCCGCCAUCUCUGCAACGCUCAGUUGCGCUGCAGUGGAAGAUUUUGACUCUCGUCCGGAGCGGAAACCAAUCAGUUGGAUUCAUAUGCGUGCCGCAAUGCAGAAGAUCCGUGCCAGGGGAGGACCAGCUGCAUUCCAACAAAAUCAGAGAAUGGCUAUGUUAAUUAAUUGGCAAGAUUAUAUCCUCGCAGGUUACGAAACGAAAGAACCAUCGUUUUUCUACGAGGAUACCCCUGCAAACAUGCGGAGCUCUUCGAGUCAAAUGGAAACAGGAACGCCCGCGGCUGAACCUGUUCCCUCCGAACGCCCUUGGUUUGUUGGGAGAAUGCUUAAGAUCGCGAAACGGCUUGGGAGGCCAUCUUGGGAACAACUAAAUGACUCUCUUCUAUCCUUCCUCACGCUGACGGCGGAGGCACCAAUGCUCCCGUCGUGGGAAAACGACUUGAGACAUGAGAUUCUCACAGCUCCCCUAACAAGCUAUAUUAUGCCCCUAUUACUGUGA